GGCGGGACGUAUAAGGAGGUGGCGCGAGGCCAGGACUGGGGGACUGCGGCGCACUUCCCUAGAGGCGGACAUGGCGUGCGGCUUUCGCCGCGCUAUUGCUUGCCAGCUUUCCAGAGUGUUGAAUCUUCCACCAGAAAACUUGAUCCCAUCAAUAUCUGCAGUUCCAAUUUCCCAAAAAGAAGAAGUAGCUGAUUUUCAGCUUUCUGUGGAUUCUUUACUGGAAAAAGACAACGACCAUUCAAGACCAGAUAUUCAAGUUCAAGCCAAGAGACUAGCAGAGAAGCUAAGAUGUGAUACAGUGGUGAGUGAAAUCAGUACUGGUCAAAGGACUGUAAAUUUCAAAAUAAACAGAGAGCUCUUAACAAAGACAGUGCUACAACAAGUAAUUGAAGAUGGCUCAAAGUAUGGAUUAAAAAGUGAACUUUUCUCUGGUCUUCCCCAGAAGAAGAUUGUGGUUGAAUUCAGUUCACCUAAUGUUGCCAAAAAAUUUCAUGUUGGACAUUUGCGUUCUACCAUCAUAGGAAAUUUUAUAGCAAAUCUCAAAGAAGCUUUAGGACAUCAAGUAAUAAGAAUAAAUUACCUUGGUGAUUGGGGCAUGCAGUUUGGUCUUCUGGGAACUGGCUUCCAGCUGUUUGGCUAUGAGGAAAAACUGCAGUCCAAUCCUCUACAGCAUCUCUUUGAAGUUUAUGUACAAGUUAAUAAAGAAGCAGCAGAUGAUAAAAGUGUAGCAAAAGCAGCACAGGAGUUCUUCCAACGAUUGGAACUGGGUGAUGUGCAAGCACUUUCACUGUGGCAAAAAUUUCGGGACUUGAGCAUUGAAGAGUACAUUCGGGUUUACAAGCGUCUGGGAGUAUAUUUUGAUGAAUAUUCAGGAGAAUCAUUUUAUCGUGAAAAAUCUGAAGAGGUCUUAAAGUUGCUGGAGAGUAAAGGACUCCUACUGAAAACAAUAAAAGGAACGGCUGUAGUAGAUCUCUCUGGGAAUGGCGACCCCUCCUCAAUUUGUACUGUAAUGCGAAGUGAUGGGACUUCUCUCUAUGCAACCAGAGAUCUUGCAGCUGCUAUAGAUCGAAUGGACAAGUAUAAUUUUGAUACAAUGAUAUAUGUGACAGAUAAAGGACAAAAAAAGCAUUUUCAGCAAGUAUUCCAAAUGCUGAAGAUCAUGGGAUUUGACUGGGCGGAAAGGUGCCAGCACGUGCCCUUUGGAGUAGUACAGGGAAUGAAGACUCGAAGAGGAGAUGUCACUUUCCUGGAAGAUGUUUUAAAUGAGAUUCAAUUAAGGAUGCUACAGAACAUGGCUUCAAUUAAGACAACUAAAGAACUCAAGAACCCACAAGAGACUGCAGAGAGGGUUGGGCUCGCAGCACUCAUUAUUCAGGACUUCAAAGGUUUACUCUUAUCUGACUACAAGUUCAGCUGGGAUCGUGUUUUCCAGAGUCGUGGGGACACAGGAGUCUUCCUACAGUACACACACGCCCGCCUCCACAGUUUGGAAGAGACUUUUGGAUGUGGGUACCUGAAUGACUUCAACACUGCUUGUUUACAAGAGCCACAGUCUGUUUCAAUUCUUCAGCAUCUUCUCAGGUUCGAUGAGGUGCUUUAUAAAUCAUCUCAGGACCUUCAACCCAGGCAUAUCGUCAGUUACCUUCUAACUUUAAGUCAUCUUGCAGCUGUGGCACACAAAACACUACAAAUAAAAGAUAGUCCUCCUGAAGUGGCUGGGGCCAGACUUCAUCUUUUCAAAGCUGUCCGUUCUGUCCUAGCCAAUGGAAUGAGACUUCUUGGAAUAACACCUAUGGAGUUUCGCUCGUUGCCCAGGCUGGAGUGCAAUGGUGUGAUGUUGGCUCAGUGCAGCCUCCGCCUCCUGGGUUCAAGCAAUUCUCCUGCCUCAGCCUCCUGAGUAGCUGGGAUUACAGGCACGUGCCAUCAUGCCCAGCUAAUUUUGUAUUUUUAGUAGAGACAGGGUUUCUCUAUGUUGGUCAGGCUGGUCUCAAACUCCCGACCUCAGGUUAUCUGCCCGCCUUGGCCUCCCUAAGUGUUGGAAUUACAGGCAUGAACCACCACACCCAGCCAAAGUUAAACUAUUACUGUGUCAGAAUCUAUAUUAAAUGUGACUUGUCAAGUUAUUCAGUCUUUAUCCUUGAAUAAAUAAGUUAUCUGAA